GUGAGGCGGCGUGCGAGGAGCGGCCGACCGGCGAGGGAGCAGCCCCGGGGUUCGCCUCUUUUCAUCUCCUCCAUUGAUGGCCGUUUCUGCCUGAGCCGAAGCUCGACGUUUGCAUUCCACACAUGAGAUUCGUUAACAUGGAGCUCAUCACGAUCUUAGAGAAAACAGUCUCUCCAGACCGCAAUGAGCUGGAGGCGGCACAGAAGUUUCUGGAACAGGCGGCUGUUGAGAAUCUGCCAACCUUCUUGGUGGAACUCUCAAAGGUACUAGCAAACCCAGGAAACAGUCAGGUUGCUCGAAUUGCAGCUGGUCUACAAAUCAAGAAUUCGUUAACAUCUAAGGACCUUGAUGUCAAGACACAGUAUCAGCAAAGGUGGCUAGCAAUUGACAGCAAUGCUCGUCGAGAAAUCAAAAACUUCGUUUUGCAAACUCUGGGAACAGAAACUUACAGGCCCAGCUCUGCAUCUCAGUGUGUUGCUGGAAUUGCAUGUGCGGAGAUCCCCGUUGUUCAAUGGCCUGAGCUCAUUCCUCACCUAGUUGCAAAUGUGACAAACCCUAAUAGCACCGAACAUAUGAAAGAGGCAACUUUGGAAGCUAUUGGCUACAUUUGCCAGGAUAUUGAUCCUGAACAACUACAGGACAAAUCAAAUGAAAUCCUUACUGCAAUCAUUCAAGGAAUGCGCAAGGAGGAGCCCAGCAACAAUGUAAAGUUGGCUGCAACAAAUGCACUGCUCAACUCCUUGGAAUUCACUAAAGCUAACUUUGACAAAGAGUCUGAGAGGCAUUUUAUUAUGCAAGUAGUUUGUGAAGCAACUCAGUGCCCCGAUACAAGGGUGAGAGUGGCUGCCUUGCAAAAUUUGGUGAAGAUCAUGUCCCUAUAUUACCAGUAUAUGGAAACUUACAUGGGUCCAGCUCUUUUUGCUAUUACCAUUGAAGCUAUGAAGAGUGAUAUUGAUGAAGUCGCCCUACAAGGAAUUGAGUUCUGGUCCAAUGUUUGUGAUGAGGAAAUGGAUCUGGCUAUUGAAGCUUCUGAGGCAGCAGAACAGGGAAGGCCUCCUGAACAUACAAGCAAAUUCUAUGCAAAAGGAGCGUUACAGUAUUUGGUACCCAUUCUCACUCAAACUUUGACUAAACAGGAUGAAAAUGAUGACGAUGAUGAUUGGAAUCCGUGCAAAGCUGCUGGUGUUUGUCUCAUGCUGCUUGCGACCUGUUGCGAAGAUGACAUCGUUCCACAUUUACUCCCAUUUAUUAAGGAACACAUCAAAAAUCCAGACUGGAGAUACAGAGAUGCCGCAGUGAUGGCAUUUGGCUCCAUAUUGGAGGGACCUGAACCCAAUCAGCUUAAACCACUAGUGAUACAGGCAAUGCCCACACUGAUCGAGCUAAUGAAGGAUCCUAGUGUUGUGGUUCGGGAUACUACAGCGUGGACUGUGGGUCGUAUUUGUGAGUUACUUCCUGAAGCUGCCAUCAAUGACAUGUACCUGGCUCCAUUACUACAGUGUCUCAUUGAAGGCCUAGGUGCUGAACCAAGAGUGGCUUCUAAUGUGUGUUGGGCAUUCUCCAGUUUAGCAGAAGCUGCUUACGAAGCUGCAGAUGUAGCAGAUGAUCAAGAAGAGCCUGCAACCUACUGUUUGUCAUCAUCUUUUGAAUUGAUAGUACAAAAGCUGCUGGAAACUACUGAUCGGCCUGAUGGACAUCAGAAUAAUUUGAGGAGUGCUGCCUAUGAGGCAUUGAUGGAGAUUGUCAAGAACAGUGCCAAGGACUGCUAUCCAGCUGUGCAGAAAACAACUCUGGUUAUCAUGGAAAGGCUACAACAAGUAUUGCAAAUGGAGUCUCACAUUCAGAGUACCUCAGACAGAAUUCAGUACAAUGAUCUUCAGUCUCUCUUGUGCGCUACCCUACAGAAUGUUCUAAGGAAGGUCCAGCAUCAGGAUGCACUGCAGAUUUCGGAUGUGGUGAUGGCUUCGUUGCUGAGGAUGUUUCAGAGCACUGCUGGUUCUGGGGGAGUGCAGGAAGAUGCUCUCAUGGCUGUUAGCACCCUUGUUGAAGUGCUGGGAUCAGAGUUUUUGAAGUACAUGGAUGCCUUUAAGCCAUAUCUAGGGAUUGGACUGAAGAAUUUUGCGGAGUAUCAGGUUUGUCUUGCAGCAGUAGGCCUGGUCGGUGAUUUGUGCAGAGCGCUGCAAUCUAAUAUGCUACCUUUCUGUGAUGAAAUGAUGCAGCUCUUGUUGGAAAAUCUGGGGAAUGAAAAUGUUCACCGGUCUGUGAAGCCACAGAUUUUAUCUGUGUUUGGGGAUAUUGCCCUUGCUAUUGCAGGAGAAUUUAAGAAGUAUCUAGAUAUUGUCCUGGACACCCUUCAGCAGGCUUCCCAGGCCCAGGUAGACAAAACAGAUUAUGAUAUGGUGGAUUACCUGAAUGAACUAAGGGAAGGUUGUCUGGAGGCGUAUACUGGCAUUAUUCAGGGCCUGAAGGGUGACCAGGAGAAUGUACAUCCUGACGUCAUGUUGGUACAACCAAGAGUAGAAUUCAUUCUUUCCUUUAUUGAUCACAUUGCACGAGAUGAAGAUCAUACUGAUGGAGUUGUAGCUUGUGCUGCCGGACUGAUAGGAGACUUAUGUACAGCGUUUGGGAAGGAUGUACUGAAACUAGUUGAAGCUAGGCCAAUGAUUCAUGAACUUUUGACUGAAGGAAGACGAUCGAAAACAAACAAAACUAAAACUUUGGCUACGUGGGCUACAAAAGAGCUUCGAAAACUGAAAAAUCAAGCUUG